AGUAUUUAGGAGGGCAAGUGUCUGCUGACUGCCUACACAGAGGGCUUGAGGGACUUCGGGAAGUCUUAGCGCAGAACUUUGAUUGGCUCUUUUCUCUUUAAGAAACAAAGAUGUCUCAUCGGAAGCUCAGAUUUCUCUCUGACACUUAAGUGCUGGGCUUGACUGGAAUCCUUGCUGCUUCUGUGGCUGCAGCUUGUGCCCCGGUUUUGCCCUGCAACUGUCAGUUUCCGCACCUGUGAGGAAGAGGCCCACGGUAUCGACAUUGGUGGUCUAUGUCUUGCUUAUCUCUCAGCUCGAGGUGCCAUGCCAAUUCUGUUUCAUGAAGUUCAACAGCUCGCUGCUGCGGGUGCGCGAGGGCGACGGGCAGCUGACCGUCGGGGACGCGGGCCUGGACCGCGAGCGGCUGUGCGGCCAAGCGCCACAGUGCGUGCUGGCCUUCGACGUGGUCAGCUUCUCGCAGGAGCAAUUCCGGCUGGUGCACGUGGAGGUGGAGGUGAGGGACAUCAACGAUCACGCGCCGCGCUUUCCCAGGGCCCAGAUCCCCGUGGAGGUGUCCGAGGGCGCGGCUGUGGGCACGCGCAUCCCCCUGGAGGUGCCGGUGGACGAGGACGUGGGCGCCAACGGGCUGCAGAGCGUGCGCCUGGCCGAGCCUCACAGCCCCUUCCGCGUGGAGCUGCAGACGCGCGCGGACGGCGCCCAGUGCGCGGACCUGGUGCUGCUGCAGGAGCUGGACCGCGAGAGCCAGGCAGCCUACAGCCUGGAGCUCGUGGCCCAGGACGGCGGCCGCCCGCCGCGCUCCGCCACGGCCGCCCUCAGCGUGCGAGUGCUGGACGCCAACGACCACAGCCCGGCCUUCCCGCAGGGCGCCGUGGCCGAGGUGGAGCUGGCCGAGGACGCGCCCGUGGGCUCCCUGCUGCUGGACCUGGACGCAGCCGACCCCGACGAGGGUCCCAACGGCGACGUGGUGUUCGCCUUCGGUGCGCGCACCCCGCCCGAGGCACGCCGCCUCUUCCGCCUGGACCCGCGCUCGGGGCGGCUCACCCUGGCGGGACCCGUGGACUACGAGCGCCAGGACACCUACGAGCUAGACGUGCGGGCUCAGGACCGCGGUCCCGGGCCCCGGGCCUCCACCUGCAAAGUCAUCGUGCGCAUCCGCGACGUCAAAGACAACGCUCCGGACAUCACUAUCACCCCGCUGGCCGCCCCAGGCGCGCCCGCCGCCUCUCCCUUCGCCGCCGCCGCCGCCGCCGCUCUCGGGGGUGCGGACGCGACCUCGCCGACCGGGCCUGGGACGCCAGAGGCCGGCGCCAUCUCGCUGGUGCCAGAGGGGGCGGCGCGCGAGAGCCUGGUGGCGCUGGUCAGCACCUCGGACAGAGACUCGGGCGCCAACGGGCAGGUGCGCUGCGCCCUCUACGGGCACGAGCACUUCCGGCUGCAGCCGGCCUACGCGGGCAGCUACCUGGUGGUGACCGCUGCGUCCCUGGACCGCGAGCGCAGGGCUGCGGAGGACAGAGGCCCUCCCCCGACCCCAUGCACCGUGCGGCCCUACACGGUGCGCUUGAGCGACAAGAACAACGUGCCACUCUUCACACGACUCGUCUACGACGUGUCAGUGCGGGAGAAUAGCCCGCCUGGCACUUACUUGGGCCGCGAAGGCCAGGCCACCUACCGACUGCUGGAGGCCGAAGAGGGUCGCGCCCAAGACGCCGUGUCCACCUACAUCUCUGUGGACCCCACCGCCGGGACGCCGAGCGCAGGGCGGUGCUUUCGUCGCGAGUGA